AUGGUCCUUCAGGAUCUUGGACGGCGCAUCAACGCCGCAGUCAAUGACCUAGCUAGAUCAAACAAUCUCGAUGAGAAGGCCUUUGAUGACAUGCUUAAGGAGAUUUGCGCUGCCCUCUUGUCCGCUGAUGUCAACGUGAAACUCGUCCAGACUGUUCGCAAGUCGAUCAAGAAAACAGUCGAUUUCGCUUCUCUCCCCGCCACCGUCAACAAGAAACGCCUGAUUCAGAAAACCGUUUUCGAUGAGCUGGUGGCAUUGGUUGAUCCUCACUCGGAGUCCUUCCGUCCCAAGAAGGGCCGCUCCAAUGUCAUUAUGUUUGUGGGUCUACAGGGUGCGGGUAAAACAACCACUUGUACCAAACUCGCCCGUCACUACCAGAUGCGUGGAUUCAAGACGGCGUUGGUUUGCGCGGAUACCUUCCGUGCUGGUGCUUUCGACCAGUUGAAGCAGAACGCAACCAAGGCCAAGAUUCCUUACUAUGGUAGCCUAACUCAGACAGACCCUGCUGUUGUGGCUGCAGAGGGUGUGGCCCAGUUUAAGAAGGAGCGAUUUGAUAUUAUUAUUGUUGAUACCAGUGGUCGUCACCGACAGGAGGAGGAACUGUUCAACGAAAUGAUUCAAAUUCAGGAGGCCGUUACUCCUGACCAAACUAUCAUGGUUCUCGACAGCACCAUUGGUCAGGCUGCCGAGGCCCAAUCAUCGGCGUUCAAGGCUUCUGCUAACUUCGGUGCCAUCAUUAUUACUAAGACUGAUGGCCACGCAGCAGGUGGUGGUGCUAUCUCCGCCGUUGCCGCUACAAACACUCCUAUUAUCUUCCUGGGAACCGGUGAACACUUGAUGGACUUGGAGCGAUUCGAGCCUCGUGCAUUUGUCCAAAAGUUGUUGGGUAUGGGUGAUGUGGCUGGGCUGAUGGACCACGUACAAGCCGUCACCAGAGAUUCCGCUGCUGCCAAGGAGACCUACAAGCACAUUGCCGAGGGUAUCUACACUAUUCGUGACUUCCGUGAGAACAUUACAUCUAUCAUGAAGAUGGGACCUUUGUCCAAGUUAUCUGGCAUGAUUCCCGGUCUGUCCAACUUGACCCAGGGUCUCGAUGACGAGGAUGGCUCGUUGAAGCUGCGCCGCAUGGUUUACAUUUUCGACAGCAUGACCGCGGCUGAGAUGGAUAGUGAUGGCAAGGUCUUUGUUGAGAAGCCUAGCCGUAUGGUCCGAAUUGCCCACGGCAGUGGUACCAGCGUUCGUGAAGUCGAAGAUCUUCUCUCGCAGCACCGCAUGAUGGCUGGUAUGGCCAAACGUGUCGGUGGACAGAAGAAGCAGAUGCAGCGUGCACAGAAUAUGCUCAAGGGUGGAAACAAGGACCAGCAAAUGGCUGCUAUGCAGAAGCGUAUGCAGGCUAUGGGUGGUGCUGGUGGUAUGGGCGGAAUGCCCGGUAUGGGAGACAUUAGCAAGAUGAUGCAGAUGAUGGGUGGUGGCCAAGGAGGCGGUGGUAUGCCGGGUCUCGGAGGCAUGGGAGGCAUGGAUAUGCAGAGUAUGAUGAGUCAGAUGAGUGGGUUGAUGGGUGGCAUGGGAGGAUUGGGAGGAAUGGGUGGUGGAGGUGGUGGAGGACGUGGAAGAGGAGGACGGUAG